AUGUUCCGCACACAGGCCCCUUCCGGCCGAGCAUGCGCCUUUAGGGAUCCGGCUGCAGGUGCGAUCCGGAGGCUCCGGCGGGCCAUGGCUGCCCUCCUCCGAGCUGUGUCGCGGUUGCCAGGGCCGGCUGUGUGGAGAAGGCCUCUCUACGGGCUGCAGUGCUGCAAUGGGCAGGAUUUUAGGAGGUGGGUGGGGAGCAGGUCACCCACCUCGAAGGAGAAACCACCAGGCACAGAGACAGAGAAAUUCCAGAUGAUCUACCGGUUCGAUGCCAUCAGAGCCUUUGGGUACGUGUCUAAGCUGAAGGUGGCACAGACAGCCCUGACGGUGCUGGCCCUGCCGCCUGGCUUUUACUGGUACUCCCAGGGCCUCCUGACUUUCGACAACCUGUGUCUCAUGGGUGGGAUCGCUGGCUUCGCCCUGGCCAUGCUGUACUGGAUGAGCUAUUUCUUCCGGAGGCUGGUGGGCAUCCUGUACGUGAACGAGUCAGGCACCAUGCUGCGGGUGGCCCACCUGACCUUCUGGGGCUGGCGGCAGGACACCUACUGCCCGGUGGCCGAAGUGAUACCUAUGACAGAAACCCAGGACCGGCCCCAGGAGAUUUUCGUGCGGAUCCAGCAGUACAGUGGGAAGCAGACCUUCUACCUCACCCUGCGCUAUGGACGCAUCCUGGACAGAGCGCGUUUCACACAGGUGUUUGGGAUGCUGGACACGCUCAAGUGAACGGUUGACGGCUGGGCUCCUGAGUUGCCCUGGGCCACCUGGAUCUCCGACCGAAGGCUGAGCAUGUGGGUGAGGCUAAAGAAGGGGAUCUGACAGCUGGAGACUUUGCCAGGCCCCCUGGGAAGCUUGACUGUUGGGAUGAAGAAAUUCAUGAGGCGGAUGCUAAUAACCCAGCUUAGGAAAGAGGCCUUAGUGCAAAUUCUUACCACACUUGUGCAUGACAUUCAGUUGGAUAAUGGCCAGAAGAGUCUGUUAAGAGCCAGUUCUUGGAAGAAGCUCUGCCCAGUUCACUCUACACACAGUGCUGUGAAUUGGGGAGAUGGUGUGGCAGGGGGAACACUGGAUUUGGGGUCAGAAGACUUAACUCCCUGUCCUGGGUCAGGUAACUGAGUCUCUCUGGGCCUUGUUUUUCACAUUUGUAACAUGGAAAAUCCUGCCUGUCUCAUUGGGUGGGUGUGAGAAUAAACAAUAAAUGUCAACUACGUUGCAAACUCAACA